AGCCAUUAGCACUUAGUUUUUAAGCAGAUGCUCUCAGUCUGGAGAUUGGGGCAGAGUUGGGCCUGGCAAGCCUGGGCUGGGAAUGAAGUUGCCUUGGAGAUCGGGCAAGAUUUUUAAGCAUGGAUUGAAGAGAGAUCCUGAUCUCUCCUAGUGAUUCUGUACAGAUUAACCCUCAUCUUGUAAACAGGCUUUUAUUGGUUUCUCGAGGAGUCAGUGAUGAGUCUUCUGUCAUUAACUUCUUUUGAGUCUUUCUGUCUACAACAGAUCUCUACAGGAAUGCACACCAGUAAGGUUGAUUGUAAACUGGGAGUUGGAGGUGGGGGAGGACAGUGGGAAAAGGAUUUUCUUCUCUCCAUGACCAAGGAAUGCAGGGUCCUUUGGGUACUUUACAGCCUGGCAGGGGAAUUAUCUGAAGUGACAGGACUUAUUCCUUUUCCCUGAGGCUCUCGCUUACGUGCAGUCCAUGUGUCAAGGCAAUGCUUCUCUGCAGACAGCUGGCAGAGUGCAAAGUUUAGUAGUAUUUGCCUGCAGAUGAGUCAGCAGAAGAGAAAUAGCUUGCUCCGGUAAAGUGGAAUGAUCUUGUAGGCAAAGCAGCACAUGACAGUCACAUCUGACUGUGCCAACGCCUUCCAAGUUCAGAGGGACGAUAGGGGAGCCUGGGAGCAGGCAGUGCCACCCAGGGAGCCUGGGCGCUGUGGGUGUCGGAGGGGCCUCACUGGUCCAGUGUGCUGGCCUUGUGCUGACUCGGAUCCCUGGUGAGAAAUGCAGCAGCUUUGAGCUGGAGCAUUUAUUGAGUUGUUGCAGUAAGCUCUUGUUUUGCACACGCUUUGAGUUUAAGUAGCAGGAUUUAUUUUGCCUCGGCGCGUAAAUCUGCAAGCGAAAAGCAGCGGAAGUGGCAGAAGAAAUCCUGCUACUGCAUGUAGAUAUGCGGAUAAUAUUCUUCAAGAAAUUCCUCGGGACAUUAAAACACAAAGAAUGCAGAUGGGCCAGGUCCUCAUGCUAUCAGCGUGCUUAGGGUGCAGAAAUAUCUGAUCUGCUUCUCCGGUGUAGUGUGAGGCAGGCAGUUCCCUGACACCACCAAGGAUAAACAAAACAUCAGUACUGUCCAUGAAGAUGCAGACAGUGAGAUAAGGCUUUGGCUAAGCAAGAUGAUUUGCUGCACCUAUUCUGACCUUCUCCUUCUGCCAGAGGUGUUAACUUUGGUGUUGUGGUUAAAUUCCAGCUUGGAUGAUGGUGUAGUUAACUCACACUAAGGGAGAAGUUUUAAAUUCCUUCUCUGCCUAUGUAUUUUUUUUUCUUCAUGGUAAUCAAUGCUUGUCAUUCUUCCCUCCCAGAAGUGGCUGCGCUUCAGUGGGAUUCAGUGAUUCCCUGACAGGGAGAGCAACUCUUCUCCCAUCUGGCAGUCGGCUGCUUCUCGCAGAGCCUGUACAACUCUCUCGAGGGAAGGAAAGCGAGUGGUCAGAGACCAACAGGUGACUUGAAGCACAGUGAAAUUAUUUUGACCAAAUAACAGGAAAAUCUACUGCUGUUUCCCCUGUUUCCAUGAACGCUGGGGUUACAUGAACCAGAGACAGAGGUCUGCUGCUUUUUGUGAACUGGAUGGUUUCUGCUAGGACCAUGGUGGUAAAGUAAAUAAUUGAUACAGAGUGUGCUUGCAAGAUGGCACCUUGCAAAACCUAAGAAUUACUUGUGUCUUACCCUGUGUUUUCACAGAGGCACUCUGAAAGCUGGUGGAUUUAUAGCACAGAUCUUGCCUGAAAGUUAAAUGUUUGGUGAAGUGUUUGAAGACUUGGAGCUCAGGGUUGCAAACUCUUUUUGCCUGAGAUUGCUUUUGCACACUCCUGUACAUUUGUCUGUUGUUAGGAAAUAGUAAAUUAAUUACUGGAAUGGGGGAAACUCUGCAAAGUUGACUCACAGGCAUUAUGGAGUGAGUGCUGGAUGGCUCGUGUAGUUCUGAAAUGUCCUUGUGGCUGCUCUUCACUGUCCCUUUUGUAUUCUCCCCAAUAUUAUUUUGGCUCCCCACUCACCUAAGAUUCUAUUUUCCUGUUCUUAGUGAUUUGUGUUAGGUCUAGCAGAGCAGUCUGGGAUAUUUACAUGCAUGCAGCCCAAAACCAGUUCAGCUGUGUUUGGCCCUAACACUGUUCAUAAGAUACCAUCUUGUUGAUGGUAGGUGGGGAGGGCAAUAUGUUUGCGUGUUAUUAAACUAUGUUUGACUCCUUACUUUGGAACAUUCCUUAACCUGGAGUCAUUUGUGCUUGAGUAAGUCUGACCACUAAAUCUGCUUCUUAACAGCUCUCUCACAAAGCCCACACUUCUUGGCUGCUGAACAGCAGAGCUUUGCCCAGUGGCCAUCACUGAGGACAGUUCCAGCUUGUCCCAAGCAGGAACACUCAGCAGAGACCCUCUGCUGAGGAGAGAGGUGGUGUUCGGAGGGACAUCUGCCCUUUCUCAUACCUUGUGCUUGCCCCACCUAACAUGUUCCAGCACAACCACUGCAUGUGGGUGGAGAGACAUUUUAAAUUCCACACAGCUCUUAUUAUUAGUGUGUUGAGGCACACACGUAAGCAUCAUUCCUGGGUGGAGGGGUCAUGCUGCUCUUGGGAGCAGCAGGUCAGAAGUGCCAUUAGCUGCACUGGAAAGCUGCACACUUCAAGUGAGCCAGAGAGAUAAUGCUGCUCUUUAGUUAUAACCUUUGCAAAUUUAGCACCCAUUUCUAACUCCUGCAGCAGCUGAAAAGGGAAUGUUUGCUGCCCUGCCUGUCUGUAAAUCCCUAGCUUUGCUUCAGCUGUGUGAAGUGCUGGGCUUCCUAAUGCUCCAGGGCCAUUUUGGGAAGGUACAAUGACUCCAGCUCAAAAGCACAGAUAGCUUUCUUCCAGAUAGCUGUCAAAAUUUCUGUCCCAAACUGGUUGUCUUUCUGUCUAUUCAUCACAGAAGCAGUUCAGCUGAACCACCACUAAUUACAACCUGGUACAUAAAGUGCCAGAAGUAAGUGUGCCCUAAUGUGGUGUCAGCAGCUGCUUCACCAUCAGCUGAGUCACCACUGCGGUGGGGACAGGGGACGAGAGGGGAGCAUAGUGGCAGCCAUCCCAAGUUCUUACUAGACGUUCUUGGCAAGAUGGAGCCGCCAACCUCCUCCAGGCUGAAUUCCCGAAAGAGAAGAAAAGAUGGAUCUGGCCCUAAUGGGGCGACGGAGCUGGAUGGAAUACCUCCAAAAAUGUCCCGACGUUCACUCGGACUGAGGGAACCAGCUCCAUUUUCAGAUGAAGUGGAAAUCGAUUACAGCAAGCCAUACAUCAGAGUAACAUACGAAGAAGCGAUGAGAGGGACCCCUUUGGAUCGCCCCGUCAGAGUUUAUGCAGAUGGAAUAUUUGAUUUGUUUCACUCUGGACAUGCUCGGGCCUUGAUGCAAGCGAAGAACCUCUUCCCAAACACAUACCUCAUUGUUGGAGUCUGCAGUGAUGAGCUAACCCAUAACUUCAAGGGCUUCACAGUAAUGAAUGAAAAUGAACGGUAUGAUGCUGUGCAGCACUGUCGCUAUGUGGACGAAGUGGUGAGAAAUGCGCCGUGGACGCUUACCCCCGAGUUCCUGGCAGAGCACAGGAUCGACUUUGUUGCACACGAUGACAUCCCCUAUUCUUCUGCUGGCAGCGAUGAUGUUUAUAAGCAUAUAAAAGAAGCAGGCAUGUUUGCGCCAACUCAGAGGACUGAGGGCAUCUCAACAUCAGAUAUCAUCACCCGGAUUGUGCGAGACUAUGAUGUUUAUGCCAGACGGAACCUGCAGCGGGGCUACACGGCUAAAGAGCUCAACGUCAGCUUUAUAAACGAGAAGAAAUACCACCUCCAGGAGCGUGUGGAUAAGGUGAAAAAGCGGGUGAAGGAUGUAGAGGAGAAGUCAAAGGAAUUUGUCCAGAAAGUGGAGGAAAAGAGUAUUGAUCUCAUUCAGAAGUGGGAAGAGAAGUCCCGGGAGUUCAUCGGCAAUUUCCUGGAGAUGUUUGGCCCAGAAGGCGCGUUGAAACACAUGCUGAAGGAGGGCAAGGGCCGGAUGCUGCAGGCCAUCAGUCCAAAGCAGAGUCCCAGCAGUAGCCCCACGCACGACCGCUCCCCGUCUCCCUCCUUCCGCUGGCCCUUUUCAACCAAGACUCCUCCUUCCUCACCGGCCAAUCGCUCCAGGAACGAGUCUGCGGUCACCUAUGACAUCAGUGAGGAUGAAGAGGAUUAAGCUACCAGCAGGGAUUUGCCGCGAGCCGCUAAUCGCCGAAUCCUAAGUCUGGACCCACUGGGGAACUCUAAAUGAGCAAGAGAGCCAUAGGAACAGGGCUGACGGUGAGCACAGGGCCUCAGAGGCACCCGUUGCUCUUAACAAGGGCUGCUGCCUGGAAGCACAUUCAAUCCUCCUCUCCCUUCUCCUCCCCAAAUCCCCUUUUUAUUGUUUACGUUCUAGUGGUUUCCAGGGGAAAGAUGGUUUUUAUAUUUUAAGAAAAUACUCUUUUAAAGCGCAAAGAAUAGCACUCAAGCGUGGCUUUUGUUUUGGUUUCUUUUCCCUUGUUAAACCUCCAGGCAAGAGGGAGAGUGGGAAGACCCAUCUGUCUCUUCUUUCCUUCAGCUCCUCUGUCUUAUUCCCCCCACCCCCAGGCAGUAUCCGUGCAGCUGCCAAACGAAAGACCCCUCGGUUCCUCAACCAGCGUGACCUCGAGAGCACGCAGGAAGCGGUGGUGUAAAGAGGCUUCUAGGAAAUAAGAGACAUCUCUGCUGCGCUGGAGCUGAUAGGAAUCAGACCCUGUAGUGCUCGCACGCCUCUUAGCUGAGCUUCCCAGCAUGUCGCAGUGAGGAUGUGCUGGGUAGGGAGGUACCAGCUUAGCACACAGGAGUUACACCCUGGAAGAACUUACCAUAGAGUCGCACGCCCCACAAGUGCACAGCAUUCGCGGCUCCAAAUGGUAUGGGGGCUGCAGGGGAGAGGCCUUUCCGGCUAAUCUUAACAAGACUGCUAAAUCUUGAGCUAAAAUUCAGCCCUCAAUUGCUGUUGGAGAGAAGAGAAUGAAUCUUUGCUUCGGGGCACUUGUUGUCUGUGCAUUUCCUUGGGUGUGUGAGAGCCCAGGUAGGAAAUGAAUGUGAGUACUCCAUUGAGAAGUUUCUUGUCCCAGUCUCUGGUGUGUAAUAAGUUUUACUGUCUGUCCAAAUGGCCCCUCAACACUGUGCUCUGUGCGUGUUUGUCUGUGUUUCAGUUGCUGUACUCUAAGGGCUGGAGCAGUCCUUUACACUGGUGCCAUGAAGUCGCUGCUAUAAGGACAAAAAGUGAAUUCGUGCAGCCAGUUUGCUGUCCGUGUUGGUGUGUGCAGCUGGACAGAUGAAGGGCACAUUUUACCACAGUGAAGGGUCCCAGUCCUGUGUGACAGUUACCUGGCUUGCACAAUAAAUGCACAAAUCAGUGCCCGCUUACUCCGCUCCUUGAGGCAGGCCAGAAAGAGCAUCAGAGAGCGCUGCAGCUUUUUAAGAUUUUAAACAUGUAAUCUGCUCGUUUCAAACCGUGGUCCAAGUCGUGCCUGCUGUCAUGUCUGUAAUGAACACUGAGCUUUGUGGCCUGUGGCUCCCUGUGGCCAGUUGCCCUCCCCAUGCUGCAUGCCUGUGCACAGAGCAGGUCUGUGCACUCUGUCCCAGCAGCCAGCGCUGGAGGGACUGGACUUGCUGUCGCGUAGCUGUGAAGCUCCCGCUUGCUUUUCUGUGCGGGUUUGCCUGUGAUACCCGUUGUCUCUGGGUAGAGCUGCUGGGCUGAGUUGCCUGUAUCCUCCUGUGGUGCUGGGAGCAGAGGAGAGCUCGGAGCCCAGUCAGCAAUGCUGCAGGGAGGUCUUCAAAGCGGGAUGUGGGGCUUGGGGAGCAGCGGGUGCAAGGAGGCAAAUUGUCAAGUGCUGCCACAGGCUCUGCCCAGUGUGAUGCUUCCAGGGGAUGCAGGGGCCCUGUGGUAGGAGCAGGGCGCGAUUUCUUUCCAGCUUUUAUCUUGCUGAUCCUUUGUCACGCUGCCUAAAGGGCUUGACAGAGACUCUGUGCUUCUGUUGAGGCCAGAGCCAGUAUGGGAAAGGGUAUUUUGGGGAUUCCUCAUCUGCCAUUUGGACCUCUUUCAGCAGGGACAUGCACGGCUCUGGGAGCAUGGCUGGCUGCUAUGGAUUUUAAGCUGCAAGGAGCAAAUAAUGGUCACUCGGUACAAGCCAGUUGUUAAUUCCCUGGUUUUUGAGUGGUAGAGCACUUACUUUAUAUCGCCCACAUUCUCUCUUCCUUCAUCUUCCCCACCUUCCCUUCCUCACCCUUCCCUCAGUAUGGGUGUUGCAUUGCUUUCCCAAGCUGGAUCACAAAGGCCAGGCUGCUUUAGAGCCUUACUACUGUUUUAAACACAAGUUAUGCAACAGUGUUCUGUAAAUGUGGGUAACAAUGGUGUUUUGGAUGGUGGUUUGUUCUGCAGAGACCUUAAUGUAUUUCUUGGUCUCUCUGCAAAACCUGGGGUGCUUGGUAAGAAGCCAGCCAUGGUUUUACAUGUAGCUUGGAAUAAUAGAGCUGUUUCUUGUAACCAGUAAUCCCUGCUUCCUCCUUGCACUUAAAUUAAAUUGGACACUCGAAUCCCAGACUAGUCUUUUUUUUUUUUUUUUUUCCUUUUUCCUUUGUUUUUUUGUUUCCUCCUGGAUUGCUGGACCAGCCUCAUCUCCAGCACUGCCCUGUCCUAUCAGGAAUAGGACAGAGCUUGAUCUUUGGGCAAAACGUUUGAGCCAAGUUCUCCAGGAGCAUCUUGUUACCAGUCGUGCAGCUUCAGGGCUGUCGUGCAUACCCCUAACCCAUCCCACACUCUUCAAAAGAAGCAUCUGGAAGAGACAUGCUUGAAUUAAGCAUGAAGUAAGAGGUAGAGUGGAAAAAUAAAACUUUACUAGCAUGCAUUGAAGAACAUGUGGGGUUUGAUGCUGCUAAAUCCAGAGGCGCCGACUCCUGCAAGACAGCCCUACCUCAGUUCCUCUAUAGAUCUGGCACCAGCAGCCAGCCCCUGGGAGAGGAUUUUCUGAUAGCAAAGAACAGCAGUAGCAGGGCAAAGCUGAAAGGUGCCAAGGAUGCUGGUAGAAGCAAGACAUGAAGAGCAUGGCACUUCAACAGCAUAUUGCUUAGAGCUGUAGGAGAAGGUCUUUAAUCUCUUGAGAAAAUUAUGGCACACACCUGCACUGACACGAUUUUGUGUGUUUUAUAGAGGGUUGGGACUUUAUUGUGCAGUCCAGUUCUUGUAACCAGAGGCAUGUGCUGGAGCAGCGAAUACGCUUGGCAGUAGCGGUGACUUUGGCAGCACUGACCCUGCAUCUUGUCCCCUGUCCUCGGGGUGGGCUUCUCACUGCCAAGGGUCCCCUGGCGUAAAGGUGUGGGCUUCCUACCUGCCGCAUGUAAGGAGCUGGGUCUGGUUGUCUGACGGGGCUGGGGGGGAUGAGUCCCAUAUUUUGCUGCUAGCCCGGGUAUUGCCUCUUGGCAAAACCAUGAGAUUGCUGGGUCCCAGCACUUCUGCUAUGCCUAGAAAGCUGUGUUGGUAGUGGCCGUGUACUGUUGCCAGGAGUCUUGUCAAAUUUGGCAGUCUCAUAAAUCACCAGUGCAUCUUCUGGCUGAGCAGUUUUGCUUUGAACAAAGCCACCUGCUAAAAGCUCCGAGUCACUUUUCCCCCUCCUCCUGGAAUAGAAAACUUGUUUUAUCCCCAAAAUGAAUCAAUUAAAUAAAUGAAAGUUGGGA